CUAACUUAAAGCUGGUGUAUAAGUUACUCGAACAGGAUAAGACUCCCCCGACCUCCACGCCAGAAUGUCUCAGAGGAAACCCAGGAAGGAAACAGACACCAACAUGAAACAAACGAUUCGAGCAAGUGCUGUGACAAACCAAAACAUGGGGCAGACAUCUUCUAAAAAGAAAUAUGAAAGGAGCUUGGAUGAUGGUGAAUCCCCCGAAACCAAGCGUGCCAGGAAAGUACUGAAAAGUGAUGAGGAACAACAGCCAGAUGCUGAGUAUGAUGUCAAAUUCUGGGGGCCAUACUUGUCUGACCGACAAUGGGGAACUGUCAGGGAGGAUACAGAGGUGAACGGUAACAGUUGUUGGAAUGCGGUAGGUCAUGACACAGCACGUGAGACAGUUUACAGAUGUGGGGAGGAUGGUCUGAUGGGUGUUUCUGACUACGAGGGGCGUCUUUGUUCCUGUCUUGCACUCUGGAAUGGCAAAGAUGCAUUUCUGAAAGAGAGGCUUUUUGGUCUUGCAGGCCCAGAGGGUAACCAUGGCGAGGAUGUAAAGGAGCUUUACUAUUACCUUGACAACACUCCAGACCACACUUACAUGAGGUCACUCUACCGCUACCCCAUGGAGGAGUUUCCCUAUGUCAGCCUCCGCAACCAGAAUGUAGCAAGGGAAAGAACUGACACAGAGUUUGAAAUCAUGGACACAGGUGUGUUUGACAAGAACUGUUACUGGGACAUCUACACAGAGUAUGGUAAGGACACUACUGGCAGCCUGGUCUGUUGUUACACUCUCCACAACAGAUCUGACGACUCCGCAUCCAUCUCCAUCAUACCUCAGUUCUGGUACAGAAACACUUGGUGUGGUCGAUCUCCGAAUGAUGCCCUUCGUCCUACGCUGUCACAGACUUCACCGUUUGUACUUGAGGCUGUUUACUCACUGGGAACGUUUGAGGUAAGGCUAGGUGUUGAUGAUGCAGAACGCCCCCCGGAGAUAGUGUUCACAGAAAACGAAGACAAGUUAACCUCUAAAGAAGGAACAUACUACAAAGAUGCCUUUCAUCAAUACGUUGUCAAUGGUACAAAGGAUGCUGUAAGGAGAGAGGGACCAACAUCUAAGUGUGCAGCUGUCUAUCAGCUCACAGUGCCCCCUGGUGGACACAAGAAGGUGUGUUGGGGGCUGUAUCCAAAGGAAAAUUAUAACACCAGCAAUCUGUGGGAUGUUUCAAAAGGUGUUCAGGAUGUCAUUCUGCAGAGAUCACUGACAGCGAAUGAAUUCUAUCAGUCGAUAUUUCCUGCUACCUGGGAUAGAGAGUGGUCAGUUGUGGCCCGACAGGCAUGUGCCGGACUUCUCUGGCACAAACAGUACUACGGUUAUAAUGUGGCGGAGUGGCUAGACAACGUUCGUAGGAAAGACAGGCAAAAUGCCGGCUGCUGUGGAGCAUUGAAGAAAAAAAGAAACACUUCAACAAUCAGGAAUAAUCAGUGGACACACUUCAAUGCACAUGAUAUCAUGUCUGUGCCAGAUAAAUGGGAGUUUCCUUGGUUUGCUCCAUGGGAUACAGCCUUCCAGAUGAUUCCAUUUAUGAGACUUGACUCUGACUUUGCCAAGGACCAGCUAUUAUUACUACUGUCCGACCGCUUCCUCCAUCCAUCAGGACAGAUGCCAGGAUGUGAGUAUGAGUUUGGAGAAAUGAAUCCCCCUAUCCACGCUUGGUCAGUACUAAACGUGUAUAGACAUGAUGGAUCGACAGACAAGGAAUUCUUAACCAAAGCCUUCCAGAGACUCAGUCUGAACUACCAAUGGAUGUUGAAAGAGAAACGCGUAUGGAAUCAGUACAUAUUCUACGGGGGAUUCCUGGGCCUUGACAACAUUAGUGCUAUAAAUAGAUCGGCAGCAACACCCGCAGACACAGAAAUCGAACAGGCAGAUGCUACAGGUUGGAUGGCAUUCUACGCUCUCACUAUGAUGGAGAUGGCCUUGGAACUGGGAUACACAGACUCAGCCAUAACACAUCUGCUGGAUUUUGUUAAGGUGUUUCACGCCUUAAACUUAGAGAUAGGAUGUGGAGGUCUAUGGCACACUGAAGAUAACUUCUACUAUGAUGUAUUAUCUAAGAAGGGUCAUAGGUCAGCAAUACAGCUUCGUUCAUUGGUUGGCCUUGUACCGAUGGUAGCCUGCACUGUGAUUGGUCAGUUUACCAAAAUGAGUGACCAACCAUUCUAUACACAGCUGGAACAACUCUGCAAGGAGCACUCCAGUCAUAUAUGGAGGUUGGACGAUGGAAGGUUUGCUUUGUCUGCAGUCCCUAACACAAGACUUGAACAUAUAUUGCACUACCUCAUGGAUGAGAAGGAAUUCCUGUCGCCAUACGGAGUUCGCUCUCUUUCUAAGUAUUACUGUGACAAACCAUAUGAGUUCCAUUCUGGGGACUGUCCAGUGAAAUAUGCUCCCGGAGAGUCCAGCUCGGAAAUAUUUGGAGGCAACAGUAACUGGAGAGGGCCAAUCUGGCUCUGUAUGAACUAUAUACUGGUGGAGGCCCUAGAGACACACCACAUUUUGUAUGAUCCAUGCCUGACUGUGCGUGUAACCUCUGGACAGACUCUGGACCUGAAGGCCGUUGCCAUGGAGAUUUGUAACAGAGUUGUUACCUUGUUCAUGCCCAAAGAUGGAAAGAGACCACUGCACGGAGAGGAUUUGAAAUACAGUACAGACCCUUUAUGGAGGGACCUCAUUCUCUUCUACGAAUACUUCCAUGGUGAAACAGGCAGAGGAUGUGGGGCAAGUCAUCAAACUGGGUGGACAUCAUUGAUAGUGGAAUUUUUCUACAAAAUCUUGAAGAGGUGAACAGUUAGAGGGUGAAAUAUGGACACAGUGUAAUAGUGUUAUAUGAACACAAGAACAGUUGAAGUGUUAAUUAGUGGACACUAAACUGAUCACUUGAUCACUUUGUUACUUGAUCAAUUCUUUAAACCUUUCCAUGUCGAAUGUACCGACAGACGACCGUCAACAAUCCAGUAUCAAAAACACUUGAUCAUCGGGGUGCUUGUAAUUAUAGGUGUGUUCGAUUACCUAACAUGUGACCAGUCAACAGUCGUAGGGUAGCAAGCACCGGUUCAUCACGUGACCAGUCAACAGUCGUAGGGUAGCAAGCAUCGGUUCAUCACGUGACCAGUCAACAGUCGUAGGGUAGCAAGCACCGGUUAAUCACGUGACCAGUCAACAGUCAUAGGCUAGCAAGCAUCGGUUCAUCAUGUGACCAGUCAACAGUCGUAGGGUAGCAAGCAUCGGUUCAUCACGUGACCAGUCAACAGCCGUAGGGUAGCAAGCACCAGUUCAUCAUGUGACCAGUCAACAGUCGUAGGGUAGCAAGCAUCGGUUCAUCAUGUGACCAGUCAACAGUCGUAGGGAAGCAAGGAUUGGUUCAUCACGUGACCAGUCAA